AUGGCAGACCAGCACAGCGAAAACACAGGCCCCGACAACAGAUCACAAAUGCAGUCUAAGGUUGAGCUACAACGACGAGAUAGUUCAGCUGCCAUGAAAACUACUCUACCGUCUUACGAUGAGUCGCUAGCCUUAGGCACCCCACCUGCAUAUCAAUCUAGUCAACCCAAGAAGAAACCAAAACCUCAAGAGCUCACAGCAGGAGCUUCUGCAGCCACGAUUAGAGCAAUAAUGGGCGAUCCUAUUCCUGAGGAGCCGAGACGAACCAUGAUCUCGACACUGCGCUCAAAGCUGGCCAGCCACCUGGACUCCUACAUGCUCACCGCUGACUACUGCCACAAGCUCACCAUCAUGUAUCUGUUCGUUGGCAGAAAGGGACGCAAUCGUAGCCUGAUCCUCAAUGGCAUCGUCGUCAAGUAUCCAGAUAGCAUCGUACCUUUGGAAGCGAAAGGAUCUGAACGUGAAGCAUACCUCGCAGUCACCGCUCGUGUUGCAUAA